AUGGCCCCCGCUCCCACCUCCACCACCGAGCAGUCGUCGACCCCGCUGGCCGAUUACUUCUUCAUAUCCGGCAUUGAGUCCUCGCAAGUCUACGACGACCGUGCUCAGAGCACAAGUAUUGUCACCUCGUCGCUCGCACAACCCUCGGUUGACGAGACCAUUGAGGAAGACCGCGCCCUCGAGACCGACUCCAUUCGCCCAACCUCACAGGACGGCCUGCCCCAGGGCGACCGCACACGCCAGAGAUCGCGGAACCGAUAUAGUGAGAACCGCCAGUCGGUCGGCACAAUCAUUGGCCCAGAGGCAAAGCCGACUGCGAGCAACCGGAGCAGUGCCACCAUCAAGGGAUUCCAGCUUGGCGGCUCCGGCCUGAGUGACCAAGAGUUCGACAUUGCGCUGCGCAAGUUUGCUUCAGAGCGCGAUUCCUUCCUCGAGGAAAUUCAGUUUACUGCUGGUGUUGCGCAACAGUCCCGAUCCACCCCCACUCGCCCGCCUCGCCCACGACCCCAGCGCGUCUCUCAGACCAACCCCGACGAUGGCAACAACGUCAGAUCUGGCGUCGGUAGCAUUCGCCGCCGCAUCUCGACUAUGCAGAGUAGCCUGAAACGACAGUCGUCAACAGCGAGACAGUCUUCUAUCCGAACGUCCAGACGCAUGUCCGGCUACAACUCGGUCAUCCCCGCCCCACAGCCCUUUGCGCCGGAGCCUGAUAUGCACCCUCUGCUUCGUCGCUACGAGCCCGUCCUUCUUGAUCGAUAUCCGCCAAGGAACAUGGUGGAAGAACUGAAGAGGCGGAAUCCCUUUCCUGACUAUGUGCCCAUGUUUGCUUUUCCGGAUGAUGUCAGUGUUGUCUCGUCCGACGAGCGACCGAAGAGCCAGUGGCAUGGAUUUGCCAUGACCAAUGGCGAUGGGUCUAAGCUCUACGGCAUUUGCAUCAUUGUCUGGCUGCCAUUGAACGCCGGCGCGGCCGAAGGGCUCGAGCGCCAGUGUGAAGAAUGGCGUAACUUGCACAUGAACCCAGAAGAGCGCGAAUUGGCUAGUAGCUUAGGUGAGCGUCUUGCACUGGAGCGUGCGAAACUAUCACAGCUCCUGACCAAGCUCCCAUCGGUCGCCCCGGACUCCGAAGAGCGCGACGAACUAGACGACCAAAUUGGGGCGGUAGAGGAAAAGAUCCAGCUUAUGACGGAUCUGCUUCGGCCCGUAAGACAUGGUGCAGCUUCCAAGAUCGAAGGUCUAACCGAUGGAGAAACUGGUCUCUGGAUACCUCGCGCCUACGGUGUCAUGGGACGAGAUGCUAGUUUGACGCCCUUUUGGAAAGAAUGGCUCAAGGCUGUUGUGGUCCCCAUGACUACUGGCGCGAUUCUUCGCGUUCCAGCCAGCUCACCGCGUGUGGGCAUGUGGCAGCCGCUCGAGCGAUAUGUUGUCAAUCUGUGUGCGGAAGCUCUUAGUCCGAUUACAUCCAUUACACAGGUUGAACUGGCUAUCCGAGAGCUUCGCAUGUAUGCUCGCAAGGAGGCAGUCAACGAGCUGCCUGGAUCCCGCAAUAUCGACAUAUACGCCCUCUUCCGAUGCAUGUCUAUUCCCAACAUCGUCACCCUAUUCGAAUACGUCCUCUCUGAAGCUAGGAUCAUUCUCCUUUCCUCCCACGCGGCCAUGUUGCAUCUUGCGAGUCUGGCCAUCACCAACCUCCUGUACCCCUUCCAAUGGGCAGGUGUCUUCAUCCCUGUCUUGCCCGCACGCCUGGUCCAAACGAUCGAGGCACCAUGUCCAUACAUCGUGGGUAUCGAGCGCCGCUAUGAGCCCGCCGACUACCCCGAUGACGACUAUGUACUCAUCGACCUUGAUGCUGACUCCAUAGUGUCCAACGGCCCUCCUCCACCACCUCUACCCCGUCAACAGCGACGGAAGCUCAUGUCACUACUUCAGCAAUCUGCACCCCAUCAUGUGCGAUACGGUGUACCUACUGGACCCCCUGCUUACGCAGUAGAAGCUUUCCCAUUCGAUACAUUUGCCUCCGAAAAUCCCAACGUGUUUUCACACAGGGCACAUCCCUCUACGGUUCAAAACUAUGUUGGUCUCAACUCGGCAUCAUUUGGUACUAUCGUUGGACCGCCCAGCUCUAGGCCUCUAAUCUAUAACGCUUUCCUGCAGUCAGGCGUUUCGAGUCGUGGAAAUGACAGGCCAUCCACGGCAGCCACCAUGAAAACACACAACUCGCCACCUUCGCCCAAGAUCUCGCCAGUAUCCACGGUAUUCCCGCCCAUGCCAAGCACGCCCAUCUCACGCAGUGAUUCGGGCUACGCACUACAAGCUAACCUGCGUGAGAAGCGCUCAGCCCAUUUCGAGACUUCAAGCCGCCGAAGUUCAUCGUUCGGUUUCGAGCGUGUACCCCCGCUUCGGCGCCCUUCACAGCCAUUCCUCGGCCAUGCGCAGAGCGCAUCAACAUCUUCGCUUAGUCAGGAGGUUAGGGCAGGAUCUUCCUAUGCGCCAUCAGUCUACGCUCAGUCUACACUAGCAGCGUCGACAAUCAUGCCUGGCAUGGCUACGCAGCAGGUUCGCAAUACUGCCACAACCCAGUGGCAAGAAGGACAUUGUCUGCAAUGGAGACCAAACGAAGACAAGGCCGUGUGCUCAGUAUGCGAAGAAAAGUCUGAUGAUGGACUAUACCGUUGUACUGGUUGCAGUACGUACGCCCAUGGUCGAUGUGUGGAUACGAUUUGCAUCGUUUGCCCUACAGCCUUCCGUCCAGAUCAAGUGCGUGCGUCCUUUGUACGGUGCUUUGCUAGCCUGUUCUACACGUACCGACGCUAUCUCAUCCCGGCUACUGGCGAUCGCAAGAAGUCUGGUAUGAUUUACCAAUUCAAGAUGGAUGACUUUGUCAAGAGCUUGCCGCCGGAGAAUGUGCAGUACAUCACAACCCUCCAACAGACUCAAGCCUUCAACGAGUUCAUUCACGAACGCGAGAGCAAACCAGCGCAUGAUCCUACUAUCAAACUCUUCGACGAGGUCAUCCUGGCGAAGCGAAACCGCGGGAAGUCAUCAUUCUUCUAUAAGUCGAAGGUGGACUUCCUGUCUGACACCUCUGAUCACCUCUGGCGCACUGCAUCUGCAACCCCGCCAAACUCGCGUUUCCCAGGUGAUUACCGUGCUGUAGUCAGCAGAAUCCCCGCAAAGCUCGACCCCACACUCAUGAAAGAGCCUCGCGUCAUUCAAGGCGUCCCACGCGUCCCCAAUUCGAAGGCACGCCGUAAGCCGAUUCCUUCGAUGCUCGGACCCAACGGCGAUGCCCCACCUCAGAUACAAACCUCAUGAUCUCGACACCUCAACCUUACGCUCUCUAUUACGACGUACCCGACCUCCAUGCCUCUCCCUCUUUCGUCCCACCCUCUCAUCUUUCUGUCUUAUUACUGCGCUGCAUGUAACAUAUCUAGCGACGGAGUUUACGGCGCUUUACGGCAUGGCUAAUGGGUUUUGAGAGAACCCGCUGGCCGGUGCUUGCUUGCGCAGAUUGGAUAUCUGCUGUAAGGAUAAAAUGUGAUUUUCAGAACCAUCUUGCAUUACAUGGGGUGGUUUGCAAUUGCCUUUCCGCGAGUCGAUUUGGAUUCCGACUCCAGUGCUUAUGCCCUGACCGUAUAUUGGCGGGUUCAAAGCAGGCAUUUUGUUUUGCGAGUAUACCUUUGUAAUGCGUUGAUUGCGCCUCGCUUCAGAUUGUGUUCCCUUAUAGCAAUACGCGAGGGAAUAGCGAGGUUUCUUUUGUAUAUUAUUGCUUCUAAGCAGCAAGAAAUGGAGGGCAAGUCCUGUGAGACACCGGACAAACCAGAUUGUCAUUCGGGCAGGAAAAAGCACAAUGCUCAAACCUAAGUAGAUAUAACAGCAUCGACUGUGAAACAC